GAGGGGCAGUGCUACACGGAGGAGCUGCGGAGACUUCGUGCUCAGCGGGAAGAAGUGGAUGGACGAAGGAAGAAGCUAGAGAAGCUUGGCCGUGCAGAUCUAUUGCAAGCUGAGAGGUUAGUGGAAGGGCUUGAAGAAGAAGCCGCCCAGAUGAUGAAGCAGCAAGAGGAAAUCUUGAUGCAUGAGAAGCAGAGAAAGGUCCAGAAGAGGGAGAUCUACGAGGCUGAGGAGAGCUUAGAAACUCUUCACGACGAGCUCCAAGUCGCCGAAAGCUGCAUGAACCAUCCCUCUGAAGAUCUCUUGGCCUCCUUGUUGGGGCGCCUGGGGGUGUUGACGAAGAUGCAAGCCGUGCAGCAGGCGCGUCUCAGGAGCUUCCGAGUCGCACGUUCUGCGGCGGCCUCAACGGAGUCAGCGCCCACAUCAACCUUGAGGAGGAGUGCUCCGCCAAGAGCGGUGCCACUGGAGAGCGGUUCUGCCCAGCCUGUUGAAGCCUCCAAGCUGCUUGAGGAGUUAGCCACGUUGCGACGGGACAAUGCCGAGCAGGACCUCGAUGAUUCCCUGGCACCAUCGACGUCGCAGCGGCUCCCAGUCCUGCGGCGUGUGCCGGCGCGGCUCGUGCGCCGGUUGGCACAGCUGGUGGAAUCGUCCGAGACGAUUGACCUUUUGGAGUUUCAAGAG